GCCUCUUGGGAGUUAUAGUACUUCGGAGUGCGCAGCGGUCAUGUUGCUACCUGUUACGCUGUAACUCCCAGCCGUAAAGCAAGGCAGCGGUGGAGGAAGGUGCGACAGUGUUGGGCAAGCGGCUGUAAAGCGAGGUGUGUUGUUGACAGCUGUCUGGGCGAAGCAGGAACUCUGUCUGGCUUAAUGCACAGAUCCUCUUCAGCUCAGGCUAAAAGGGGACGCAAACAGAAAUGAGCAAAAGCAGGAGGCCACCCCCGCCACCAGGACCUAGUGGUGCUGCCAAAGCCAGACAGAUGGGUUUGUUGGUGGACUUCUCUCCUGAUGGGAUGAUGGACAACGAUGAUGGGGAGGAUGACAAUGAACUGGAAGCUGAGUUCAUGGCUAUUGUUGGGGGCCAGCCCAACUUGAAAGGGAAGCCAAAAGGGAAAACUCCUCUGCCCAUGGAUGCAAUCGAGAGAAUGGCUGCUUUCUGCAUGAAAGACCUUGAUGAAGAGGAUGGAGAGGAAGAGGAUGAUCUGGAAGAUGAAGAUGAGCUAAUGGCAGAACUCAACGAAGUCCUUGGUGAAGAAGAGGAAACCCAAGCAGCCCUAGUCCCUGCUGCAAAGGCUAAUGAAACUCCUGCUGAAUCUAGCAGUUCUGAAUCUGCUCUUGUGGAAAGGCUGGAGAUGUACAAAACAGCCAUCACUAAUGCCAAGCAGGUGGGCGACAGUUCCAAAGUGCGUCGAUAUGAGAGAGGCCUCAAGACCCUAGAGAACAUGGUGACCUCGGUGAGGAAGGGCAAGAAGAUUAAUGAGGAGGAGAUCCCACCCCCAGUGGCUCUUGGGAAGAGUGUGAGUUCACAGCAGUCCUCUUCUCCUGGGACCACACCAUUGCUCCAGCCCUCCAUCCCCGAUGGAAGCUCCAGUCUCCUCAGCCAUUCUUCUUUGCAACCGCCUGCGACCACCCCUCCACAGCUGCCCCAGGCAACAUCCCCCAAGAUGCUGCCUCCUGUCCUGCCAAAGCCUAAGGUUCUGCCAGUCCCUGCUUUACUUAUCGGAUCCCCAGAGAUCCUGGAGGAAAAGUCUGUUCCUUUGGCCCCAUCUCCCCAGGCAGGCUCUGUGAGUUCUGGCCCCCAGGCACUCGUCCAGGCCAGGCAGUGGGAGUACAAGAUGGCAGCACUGCGUGCCAAGCAACAAGGCAGCAUUGAGGAGGCCACGCAGUACUACCGCAUUGCCAAGAGCCUCGACCCCAUGUUGGAAACUCUGGGUAAGGGCCAGGCAGUGGAUUUGGGCAGCUUGCCGCCUCCUCCUGACCAGCUGCCCAAGAAGCUGUUGUCCCCGUGUCCACAGCAGUCCCCAGCAGCAACGCCGGCAGCUACACCCGAACCUAAGUUGGUCUCCCCUGCCUCAGCAGACAUCCCCCCACCACCCCGAGACCUAAUGGAGGCCCUGCAACAGAGGAUGGAGAGGUACAAAACAGCAGCAGCCCAGGCCAAGAGCAAAGGAGAUGACCGGAAGGCGAGAAUGCAUGAUCGCAUUGUGAAACAAUAUCAAGAUGCCAUCCGGGCCCACAAAACAGGGAAAGCUGUGGAGGUUUCGGAGCUGCCCAUCCCACCAGGCUUUCCCCCCAUCCAGGGCAUGGAGGCUUCGUCAGGGAGCCAGAGCAUCGUGGGGGUCCUGCAGACGGCCAUGAAACUAGCCAAUCAGGAGGACCGACAAAAUGAUGAGGAGGAGGAUGAGAUUCAGGAGACAAAGCCCCACCCUGCACUAACAAAGCCAGUUGCUGUGUCCCAGCCCAAACUGCCAUCUCAGCCUGCUGCCCGGGUAUCCUCAGCUGGACCUGCAGCACCGCACCCAGCGGGGACAGCAAAGUCAACCCUCAAGGCCAACACCAGAGCCCAGCAGCAGCUGGUGUUCCUAGAGGGCCGGAAGAAGCAGCUGAUGCAGGCAGCACUACAGGCCAAACAGAAGAAUGACAUUGAGGGGGCCAAGCUCUUCUUACGUCAGGCCAAGGGCCUUGACCCAAUGAUUGAGGCAGCGCAGAAUGGCCUGCCCGUGGACAUCACUAAGGUACCCCAGGUCCCAGCAAACAAGGAGGAAUUCACAUUUGUGCCCUGCCGUGGGGUCAGCAUCCCCUCAGAGGCAGCCAGCCAGUAUGUGGAGCUCAUGAAGCUGAUGAGGCAUCAGCAUGAGAUGUGCAUGAAUUACUCCAAGCAGUUCACUCAUCUGGGCAGCAUCGCAGAAACCAUCAAGUUUGAGAAGAUGGCUGAAGAUUGCAAGCAAAGCACGGAGAUCUUGAAACAAGCAUAUGCCAAAGGCCUCCCAGUGCCCAAGUACCACUAUGAGCAACGGACCUGCACUGUGGUCAAGAUCUUCCCCGAGCUGAACAGCAAUGACAUGAUCCUCUGUAUUGUGAAAGGUGUCAACCUCCCAGCUCCCCCAGGCGUGGCCCCCAAUGACCUGGAUGCCUUCGUGCGCUUUGAGUUCCCCUACCCCAAUGCGGAAGAAGCUCAGAAGGAAAAGACUGGUGUCAUCAAGAACACAGAUUCACCUGAGUUCAAGGAGCAGUUCAAGCUGUGUAUUAACCGAGGCCACCGAGGGCUCAAGAGGAUCCUGCAGACCAAAGGCAUCAAGUUCGAGGUUCUCCACAAAGGUGGGCUGUUCAAGACAGACCGCAUCGUGGGCACCGCACAGCUUAAGCUGGAGGCACUGGAGACAACCUGCGAGGUCCGGGAGAUCAUUGAGCUCCUGGAUAGCCGGCGGCCCACAGGUGGGAAGUUGGAGGUGAUUGUGCGCCUGAGGGAGCCUCUGAGCUCCCAGCAGCUGGAGACAAAGACAGAGAAGUGGCUGGUCAUCGACCCGCUGACUGUGCCAUCGGUCACCAUCCCCAGAGCCAAACCUGCUGCAGCUCCAGCAGGGGAUAUGGGCAGCAGCAGAGCUGCCCCUGCCCUGCCCAGCCUCAACAUCCUGGCCUUUGACAGGGACAAGCUGGAGAAGAAGAUGCUGGCCUACAAGCAGGCACACCAGACAGUGCCCAACGAGCUGAUGGAGCAGCACCGGGAGCUUGCUCAGCGCAGCCAGCGGCUGCGAGCCCAGUUCACACAGGGGGGGGCUGUCUUCCGCAAAGAGUACAUGACACAGCUGGAGCGGUACCUGUACCUGUACACAGAGGCAGCACGGCGGCUUGGCACUGAGGGCAACAGGGAUGCCGCCAAGGAGGCACUGUACAAGAGGAACCUUGUGGAGAGUGAGCUGCAGAAGCUCCGCAGAUGAAGCCCUGGGUGUCCACAGGCCUGGGGCAAAAUGGCCCAUCCCCUCCAUGCACACACUCCACCCCACCUGCUCCAAUGCCCCCGCCUGCUGGGGAAAGGCAGGCAGACACUGGCUGGAUAAGGGUGUCUCUUUCUGGAGCAGGGGGCAGAGUUAAGCGGAGUGGUGGACGGAGCAGGGCUGGAGACUGAACCUCCAUCUCUCCCCGUUGUGCUGGAUGCUAGCUUUGGGAGGGGGCUGUCCCCCACCUCUCUCUAAGAUGGUGAGGGAUGGGAAUAAAGCCCCUGCCUUCUUCCCCUCCUCCUCUUCCUGAGAUGCAGCUGCAAGCCCUGCUGGAGGCAGGGGGAACUCAGACAGCCCACAUGACAAUCACAGCAUCCCUUGCCCCUCUAAGGCUGGACAGCUCUCGGCAUGGGCACUUUACUCAUGGGGCUAAGGCCGUGCCCUGAGCUCUGACCUUGGGGGUGAGAGUGAGAGGGGAAGCCCAUUUUGUUCAGCCACAGAAGGGCUUUGCCACCCUCUUCACCUACUCCCGAGGGCUGACACAGGCCUGGGGGGAAUGGGGAGUAUGGCAGGGUGCUGGGCACGAGAGCUUGGGGUGUCCCCCCUAAUUCUUCAGCUACGACAAUCACGGGAGCCAGGGUGGGAGAUUGCCAUCCUGCCCCAGGCUCCCCCAGCCAGUGGGAAUAGCCCUGUAGAACCUGGCACUUUGGAACCAGCUGACACUAAAGACAUCACCCCCCCUAGCUCCCCAGGCAGCCAAGCAUUAACCUCGCACAGUGCUUCCCUGUGCAUCGCACUUCACUGCUUCACCCCAGGCCCUUGGCCUGCCUGGGGUGGCAGGUGCUACCAGGUGGGGGGUGGGGGAGAUGGAAACAGGUCCAUGGCUGCCACAGCAUCCUCUGAGAGGUGCUGGGCCAUUUUUUGCUGCGCUCAAGAUUCCUCCAGAAGGGCCUGGUUGCUGCGGAGUGAUACAGUAGCCACAUCCCUUGCCCCCUGAACCACAGGGUCCAGGCCCAGCUUCCUAGAUGUAGGCAUAUGAGUGCAGGCAUUGGGUAUGCCUAGGGAGCAGCAGCUGGUGAUGAAGCAGCCAUGGAAAUGGGUUGAUCUCUGCACAUGGAGGUAGUGGAGGGUGGGAGGGAGUACAGAAGGGGGAAGCAGUGGUGCUACUGCCAACUCUCCAGACCUUCCUGACUCUCCAGACCUUCCUGGGGCAAUAGUGCCCAGCCUGCAUGCGCUGUAAGUGCCUGUCCCAGGGGCUUCGGCCCUGGGCCUGAGAGCAAGAGGGCGGCACUAGCCGCAGCAGAUUUAUUUUGUGAGAGAUGCAAAUGGAUUAAAGUUUUUAAGGUAAAAUAAGAAAAA